GUAAACAAACAUGGCGAAUAGUGAAAAAGAAGAGAGUUUCAGUUUGUCAUCGGAUAGUGAUGACACUGAUACAGGUUCUUCAUCGUCAUUUCAACGGAGCAAAUAUAGCAAAAUAUUCCCGGACAGAGCUUCCCAUUGGAAAUUAGAACAUCUCUUGGAACUGUCCGUUUUCUAUGAUGAAAAGGCCACUGAUCUUGGAAAAUUCAUCUCCGAUCUGAAAACACUCAAAUAUGUUGCACGUGGGGGCUUGUCGGAAAUGCCAAGAAUCAGUCACACCAUUAUGCAGUACACAAAGGAGUUGUGGAAUUUUUCGUACGACUAUUACAAGGAAACGGGGGGAGAGACGUGGGAAGCUAGAGAUCAGAUCGAAAGAGCAACAGAGGCCUUUGAAGAGAAAGAAAAUGAUAUGGAGGAGCAGAUGAAAUCGUUUGGAGGCAAUUGGAAAAGGUUAUUUUUUGGAUGGAAGAUCAAUCUCUUUGAGUUUUGGAGACAUUUUUCCAUGCUUCUUCAGAGACUGGGUCAAGCAACACCAACAGAGGGAAGAUUUAAACAUCUUUUCAUGCCUUUCUCAAGAAUAUUUUUUCUUUCGCCAGAGCCAGGGCAGGCUUUUAUUGAACACAUGGUCAUCAAGGAUGUUGUUGUGCGUGGUACACCAGCUGUUCGGUUUAAUACUUUUCAAGACAAGUAUUUAAAGGUGUUCAUCGUCACUGAGGUUAAACUCUAUGAUGCCUUAAAAGGAAACUUUAACUCUGAGACUUUCACAUUUAGAAAUGUUGGGAAGGAAGUUCUAGGUCAGCAUGGAAUAGAACUCCUGAUGGAGAGAAAGGGCUCAUUUUUCUUCCCCUAUGUAGUCGGGAUUCUUUGUAUUGGAACACUAGUAAUUCUUACGUAUCUGCACAUCGAUGAGGAUCAUUUUCAUCAGAUUGAAGAAAAGGGAAAACUUAAUAAAACCAGCAAGGCAACAAUUUCUUACACUAGGCCAUUUGAUUUCAUGGACACGAGUGAUAGGCAGGAAAUUUUGGAAUCUUUUUUCUGGUUAGGAUAUGUCCAAUCAAAUGCUUACCAGUUUAAAUGGAAGUAGAAUUUAUUAAUUGUUCAUUCUUUCUUUGUAACUCAGGGUAAUUGUUAUGACCCAUUGAGAAAUCUUGGGGGUAAUUUUAUGCAAUGCAAUCAAAUAAAUGUGUUUUUUGUUCAACAAAAUAGGUAGAUGUAUGUAUU